AUGGAAGAUAGUGAUUCUGGACCAGCUAAAACAAAGAACAUUUCCUGGACAGCAACCGAAGUAGUGAAAGCCUCUAGUUGUUGGGCCCGUCAAUAUGAAUCACUUCAUGGUGGCUAUAAGAAUAAUUCUCAGAAUUCGAAAUCCAUUAAUAAUUUAGAAGGAAGCUGGGUGUACUUGUCCACUGAUGGAGCAGUGAGCAGAGAUUCUGGGUAUGCUGCUACAGGGGGGUUAGCUCUAGAUCAUGAAGGAAAUUGGAUUGUGGGUUUCAAUCGUUUUUUAGGUGUUUGCUCUCCGUUUGAGGCUGAAGUGUGGGGUAUCCUGGAUGGAAUCCUUAUUUUGUUAAGUAAAGGAUUCAGACGGAUCAUCAUUCUGACUGAUAACCUUGAAGUCGCUCAAAAUUUGUCUACUUUAAAUUUGGAAUACUUAGGGAUUGCGGUCCUUCGAAGAACUCAGCGCGUCAUGCAAUCAGAAGGGGAGUGGAAGAUCGAGUACAUUUCAAGAAAUCUGAAUUCGGUAGCUGAUCACCUUGCUAAACUUAGUUUGAAUUGGAAGUCCAAUCUUCAAAUAAUUGUUGAGGCUCUUAAGGAAAUUUUAGAUUUACUUCAAGCUGAUAAAGCUAGUGGCUAUUUCAUGUAG